AUGGCGCGCCCCAAGAAGGUCGAGGAGAAGCAGCUGGCCCCGGCCGUCCCUCAGCCCGUGCCCAUUGCCGCUCCCCAGCAGCCGCAGCAGCAACCCCAGCAGCCCAACCUGGUCGGCAGCAACCUGCAGGGCAGAGUCAUCGAUGUUGAUAACUUCAUCAAAGUGAGGAACUCUGUUUAUCAUCGUCUGGCUACCAUCCAGGAGUUCAUCCGUUCUACGAAUACGGACUUCCUCCGCCAGACCAACCUGCUGAUUGGGGAGCCCCUUGAGGAUGAUGCCGGUCUUGCGGACAUUGCCGAUUUGUUUACGUCGCAGUCGCUGCCUCAGGUUACCGGUAUCCCAAAUCCCGUACCUGCUCCCGUCCCCGUCGUGGAGGAGAAGAAGGAGCGCAAGAAGCGCCAGCAUGACCCCAACGCGCCCAAGCGUCCCUUGACCCCCUACUUCCUGUACAUGCAGACCGCCCGCCCCAUCAUCGCUGCCGACCUUGGUGACAGCGUCCCCAAGGGUGCUGUGCAGGAUGAGGGACAGCGUCGGUGGGGCUCCAUGUCUGCCCAAGAGAAACUGGGUUGGAACUCGGCCUAUCAGUACAACCUGCGCCUGUACAAUGCCCGGGUGGCAUCAUACAAGGCUGGCAACCUGAACGCCAAGAACAUGACCGACGAUGAGGCGAUGGAGUAUGCCGAGGAGUUCAGCAUCCCCAUGCCUCCUCUCGGUGGUGGUGACGCCAAUCAUGCCAACGACCAGGCCGCUAUUGCCGAACAGUUGCAGCAGAGCGCGCCCGCCCCGGAGCCCAUCGUUGAGGAGCCCGCCAGUACCACCAAAGCAACCAAACCAAAGGCGUCCCGCAAGCGCAAGAGUGAGGCUGAGCCUACCGUGGCUACCCCCGCUCAGCAGGCGGCGGCGACCCCGGCGGCCAGCCCCGACAAGAAGCGCAAGAGGGCGUCUGCUAAGCCGGUAGAGCAGCCUGAGAAGGAUGAACCCAAGAAAUCGGGACGCAAGAAGGCUAAGAGCGGUUAG